AUGAUGCCCCUGCAUCUUCGCAGGCGCCCUCAAGAGGAUGUGCAACCCCGGGAGAUACCAGCAGACAAGCCUCCUAUGUUGCCACCGGCAGAGUUGCUCGCUGACCAGGCCAGUCUUCUCCGGCUGGUAAACGAUAAUCUAAAGCUCGCAAGGUCCGAUUCAUCGUCUUUUGAUCGCAAAUUCGAACAUGUACGAAGCACAUCUUCGUCGUACACAGAACAGCCCCUGAAUCCUUCCCGCAUGCAGUCGCCAGUCUCGGAUCUCGGAAACACGAAGCCCUGCCUAGGAGAUCUGUCGCAGUACAGUCGUGCAAACGAUCGCCUAUCCAACCUUCGUUCAUCUAGUUCGUCUGGUGGCCCAACGGCUACCGCUGCCUAUCAAGCUGCUGCAGACGCUGCUGCAGCUAUGUUAGAAUGGCACCGUCCCGUCACCUCGUAUCAUAAAUACGAGUUAAUGUCGAGCACAGAAGACUUGGUUCCAGAUGACACGACAGAACGAAAUAGCGGUGAAUGCCAAAACAGCCAAAACUCUUCAAGCCAAACCAUCCUCGCUCAUAGCACAUCUCCGCUCAAACGUGUAACCGCCAACACUCAACUUGACGGCGCUGUCGAAAAGCUUUACCAAGGCAGCCCAAAAUCCUCAGUGCAACCUUCUCAGGCAAAGCCCAGAGUUAUCAAGCGCAGCGCUUCCGGAAUCUCCCUUCGAAGCCUGACGAGAAGCGUCAAGCGAACACGUCGUCAAGUCAAGAAACUUGCUUCAAGCGCUUACCGCAGCGGCUCCCGCAAGUUCGGUCGAACUUACAACAGCAUCAAGCGCCGGCACGUAAAGCAGAGGAAGCAGUACUCUGCAUGGAAGGCACUGCGUCGCAGACUCAAGCCAGGAGAUGCCAUCAAGGGCAAACCCGAAAAGGGGUUUGCCUCGUUUUCAGUGGAGCGAAGUCGACAUGGACACGAGGAGUGGUGGAAAGUUGGUGUGAACAAGUAUCAAGCUCCUUCAUGGAUGCGAUUUGGGAAAUGA